AUGCCGCCCACCCCCUGAGCCGGCCGGGGUCACCCUGGCUGGCACCCGCCGCCGUGAUGGCCAGGCUGCAGGCUCCGUCCAGGAGGCGGCAGGAACAUUAGCUGGGGAAUCCCGGCAGCACGGCUCACGGGGGGGCUGGGAGGAGUGGAGAGCAGCAGAAGAGCCCCCGAAGCAGGACCCAACCCCGUCCACCGUGUAUGAGGCUGGGGCGCAGUACGCAGGACCCGCGUCCGCAGAGACACCCCUUCCGAUGUCCCGGCAUGAGACUUCACCGACAACGGUGCAACCCGCCAGCAACCACCGCCCCAACGCCUGCUGCUUCUGCUGGUGCUGCUGCUGCAGCUGCUCCUGGAACGAGGACCGGGAGCGAGCGUGGCGGCCGUCCCGGGAGACCAAACUGGAGACCAUCCCAAACUGUGAAGCGUGCACCAAACCCACGCCGGAGGAGGUGCGGGGCUGGGCACAGUCCUUCGACAAGCUGAUGAAGAGCCCGGCAGGUCGCAACGUCUUCCGGGAGUUCUUGCGGACUGAGUACAGCGAGGAGAACAUGCUCUUCUGGCUGGCGUGCGAGGAGCUCAAAAACGAGUGCAACAAGCACACCAUCGACGAGAAGGCCAGGAUGAUCUACGAGGACUACAUCUCCAUCCUUUCGCCCAAGGAGGUGAGCCUGGACUCGCGGGUGCGGGAGGUGAUCAACCGCAAGAUGCAGGACCCGUCCUCGCACACCUUCGACGACGCGCAGCUCCAGAUCUACACGCUCAUGCACAGAGACUCCUACCCUCGCUUCCUGAACUCUGCCAUAUACAAAUCGCUGCUCCAGAGCGUUUCCCGCUCCUCCUCGGAGUCCUAAGGCUGCCCACCAGCCCUGGGGAUGCCAGCAGGGACAGGGUGGCUGGGGUUGGGGCUCAGUGCCCUCCUCCCCUUCGCCGCCCUCCCUGCCAGCCCACCCUGAAGUUUUUAGCUUUUUACCUACGAACCGUCACCCUGGUUUCUGGGCCACCCUCCAGGACUGUCCCUGGGGCUGGUGACAAGGUGGCAGCGCAGCCCGGGCCGGCUCCUACUACUGAAGCCCUGCCCCAUCCCUGCCGCUGGCCGGAGCAGCCGGGGAGGCUCCCGGGAGCACACGGGGCCGAUUUGAAGAGGUCACUUUAUCCCCUCUCCACCACACCUGGGGACACCCGUGUCCCACCCGAGACCCAGCUCGGGGGAGUGGGU